CAUUUAGGAUAUGCAUCUCUUUAUUCACUUCAUUUGGACAUAGAUAGAUAUAUAUAUGUGUAAAGAAAAGAAUGGAUGAAAGGCAUUUUUCUGCUAAAUAAUUUGCUCUUUUCUCUGUUUUAGUCAAAUACAUGAGAGUAGUUUAUAAAUUAGUUGUGCUGGAGUUGCCAAACUUGGCUGUAUAUCUGAGCAGCCUGGAUGGAAAGCCUUUGCAACUGAUAUUGUCCUCAAGCAGCUGAUCAUCAGAGCAUUUCCUUCCCAUACCCAAACCAGCAAAAUGACCACAUCCAGCAGGCAGAGCUCUUCUACGACUAUGGUCAACAACCUGGCCAAAAUAUUUGAUCCAAACACUUUACAAAACCAAGGGCCAGAUAAUGGAAUGGAACCUCCUCAAACUCUUCAUGCUGAGAGAAGUGAUGUCAGCACAUCUGAAAGUGUCAACAUCAUGGAUGUGAAGUUUGCCUCCCUUGAAGAGAAAAUUGAUAAAUUGUUGACUCUGCAAGAGAAUGUCCUUAAGAAGCUUAACAGUGUUUCCCAAGAAAUCUGUUGCAUUGAAAAAGACAUGGAGAUGGUAAAGGCAGAAACAUCUGAACCUGGAUCAAAGAUGGAAAGAAACAAAAAAAUGAGAAAUAAUGAAGUGAAGAGACUUUGCCUUAAAAUGAAAAAAUCUCUUUCUGAUAUAAACAAGAAAGCAGAGCAGCAGGUUAAAAGGCUAGAUGGACUUGAGCAAAGUGUUUCUGGACUACAGAAACUUGUAGGACCUCUGGUAGAGAGGGUGAAAACAUUAAUAAUUCAUAAUUCAAGUGUAAAACAUCAUGUUAAAAAGCGUAAAGCUUGCAAGGCAGGAGCUGGACAUCCCUUUAGGAUGCACGUUUUCUCGGAGACAACAGCUGGUGAUCUGCUCAAGGAGAAGAAUGAAAAGGUCAUCAAAGAAAAGUCACAGUUCAGUGAAACAGAAACAAAAGAAAAGAAGCCACCAGAUUCAACAGAUGGGGACCUCCAGCAGAGUCAGUCCUGCUCUCAGAAAGAAGAAGUUGAUAAACUCAACCAGGAAAAUUCCAAGAGGGAAAGUUCUGUUCUGCUUGAAGUGGAUCCUCCCACAUUUCAUACUGAAGAGUCAGAGAAGAAAGAAGAAAGUUUGUCUUUAGAAAGCCAUUACGAAUAUAGGAGAAACUCUUUUCAGGAGUCCUUCACUCCAGAAAAGAAGCAGGAAGAAGAUGCUGUUGAUGAUGCUUGUCAAAAACUCACUGUGCAGGGGAUAGAGAGUGAGUCCCCAGCAGAUGAGGAGAAGAAGGAACAUCAGGUGCCUGAAGAUGCACUUGAGGAACCACAAAAGGAGAAAGAGAAUGAAGGGGAGGAAAAUGCUGAUAAGAGUGUAAAAGGUGCUGAGGAACCACCAGCUCCUUCCCAAAAGGAAGAUAAGGCAGAACAAAGUCAUGAUGAAGAGGUAUCAGAUGGAAGGUGUAAAAGCUGCGAAAAAGAUGAUACUCCUACUCCACCAGCACCUUUUGAUCACCGGAUUGUCUCAGCCAAAAGGGUGGGGAUCAGCAAUUACUAUAAUGUCAACGAGGAUGAAAUUCUGGGAGGAGGGCGAUUUGGGCAAGUGCACAAAUGUGAAGAGAAAGCAACAGGUCUCAAGCUGGCAGCCAAAAUUAUAAAAGCACAAGGUCCAAAACAGAAGGAUGAAGUAAAAAAUGAAAUCAAUGUCAUGAACCAGCUGAAUCAUGUGAACCUUAUCCAGCUAUAUGAUGCCUUUGAAUCUAAAAAUGACAUUGUACUUGUCAUGGAAUAUGUGGAAGGAGGAGAGUUAUUUGACCGAAUUAUUGAUGAAAACUACAAUUUGACAGAGAUGGAUACUAUCUCAUUCAUCAAACAGAUCUGCAAGGGAAUUCAGUACAUGCACCAAAUGUACAUUCUUCAUUUGGAUCUCAAGCCUGAGAAUAUCCUGUGUGUGAACCGAGAGGCAAAUCAAAUAAAAAUUAUUGAUUUUGGAUUGGCAAGAAGAUAUAAACCCAGGGAAAAACUUCGAGUUAACUUUGGGACUCCAGAAUUUCUUGCUCCCGAAGUUGUGAAUUAUGAGUUUGUCUCUUUUCCUACAGACAUGUGGAGUUUAGGAGUCAUUGCUUAUAUGCUCCUCACUGGAUUGUCUCCUUUUUUGGGUGAUGAUGACAAUGAGACUCUCAACAAUAUCCUGGCCUGUAACUGGGAUUUCGAAGAUGAGGAAUUUCGAGAUGUUUCUGAUGAGGCCAAAGAUUUCAUAUCAAAGCUUCUCAUCAAGGAAAAAUGCUGGAGAUUAAGUGCAACUGCUGCCUUAAAACAUCCAUGGUUAACAGACCACAAGCUCCACUUCAGACUCCAGAAAAAGGCGAAAGGUGUCUGUGUGUCUCAAGCACCCCUGGUUCAAUAACCUCUCUGAAAGAGCUGCCAAACAGAAGAAAAGCUGCUGUGUGGUUACUGCUGCUAAGAGAUUUGAAAAUAUCAGCAGUCUCGGUGCUUUACCCCCCUGCCAUGACUGAGACUUCUACUAAAUGGACCAACAGCACUUCAGUUGCAGGACAAGUCCCAGCAUUGCGGAUCUGCUUCUUCUCUAUUCAGCUGUUAAAAGAAGGAAAGUAUUUCUCCAGGUUGCAGGAAUGCCUUUCUUCUGGAGCAGCGUCUUCUCCAUGCCUGCAAGUGCUACAUUAGCUUGGUUUCAUAAUGAACUUUUCUUUAUCUAGUCUUAUAUCCUCAUUUACUUAUCAAAGGCUCCUUAAAGUUUAAAUCAUCAUGUAAAAUUAACUGUUUCUCAUCUGAGCCCAGAAGGAAAUCUGUCACUAUGUUAUAUCUCUAGCCAAAGUUCAUUUGACACUGUAGUGAAAUAAUUAAAAAAAAAACAAAAAAAUUGCAGCAAAUUUAAAGCUGCCUUCUGUAGAAGGUUUGAAGUUUGUUUUUCCUGUCACACUAAAAUGAGUUAAGGAUAAGCUCAACCAGAGUUAAAGCCAUGUUAAUGUAACACCAGUGGAAGGGAGAAAUGAGGCUUUCCUUGUGUAUGGGUGAAUUUGCUGCAACUGUGAUAUGGUACAUUUCAGGAUUUUUUAGCCUGAUGAAUUACUGCUCGCUGUAAAUACACUUGGAUUAAUUAAACAAGUAAGAGAACAAGGCACUAUUCACUUGUACCCAUGCAGACCCUGUUCUCCAAAAUGCAAGUAUAAUUUAGAGUUAUUUUAACACAGGGUGAUUUUAUACUAGCUAAUCUGUUUAAUGCUAAUUUAACUGAUUAGGACCGCUGGCAAAGAGGUGAACAAGUAAAAAUCCUCUGUAUUUCUGAAGUUUUCUUGUCUUGCUCCCAAGCCUUUUGGAUUCUUAACUAUGUAAAAAAAACCUGGAGUCAGAACUGCUGAAUUCAUCACCUGAAUUUUUUUUACUAUGGCUUAUCAUUAAGUGACUCUAAGUUGCCAAAGCUCUGAAGUUAAAAUAAUGAGACUUACUCACUGCUGUAUAUGGCUUUCUUACUGCUUGGUUUCAGAACUACAUAAAUGCAAAUUGUAAUGAGUAUUUUAUUUAAUCAUGAUGUUGUGGUGUCUUUACAUGGUCUUUGCUUAAUCCAGUUCUGAUCAAACCACAUAUUAACAUUAG